GUCUUACGCGCAUGCAUUGAAAUUUGACAUGUUUUGGGUGUUUCGAUACCAUCCAAUAUCAUCCGGUUUAGUUUAGAUUUAGAGAGUUUUUUAACUUAUUUCUUGGUGCAAAAGUAGUAUAAGCACAAUGUUUACCUUCCGACGUUUCGGUCGAAGUUUCGGGUACUGUCUAACGGCACGCAGCUACAGUUCGCCGACCAGUGCCGCUACGGCAAAGAUAAUUGCCGCCGAAGGAAAUGGUGACCGCAGUAAAGUGCAACCCAACCUUACCCGUCCGGCAGCCGGUGUAAGUGGAGCGACAGCAGGUUCAAAGAAUCCCAUCGUGGCAGCUGCAUUUGCUUCAUUGCGCAAUGAGGAAACUGGCCGGGAGGACAGUACCGUCAGAGGUACGUCCGGCGACACAAAACAAGACCUGCAAGUUGAUGAGAUGAUCCUAAAGGCGAACACGGUAGCAGAGCUGUUAACCGUGGCGGAUGUGACGAAGAUAAACCGGAAGCAAGCGUUGAAGAUCGUUUCCAUCUUGGCCGAAUGGAGCUCGAUAAAGAAGGUAAAGUUAUCGGAUUUUGAAAGUGAUUCUCGAUUCGUGGAACUUUGCAGCCUACUCGGGCGUACCGGCUCCCAGCGUAUGACCGGCCACAACCGUACAGUUCCUUCCAAAGCGACCGAGCUGCAGGGCGAUGAUUUGCAAACUGUGCUCGGUAUUACCGCCAAUGAUGAAGCGGCUAAACUUAUCGCUGGUCUCACAUUGCCGCAAAUGAUUAAAGUCAUGUCCUCGCUAUCGAUCAAGAAGAAGCGAAGCAUUCCGCUGCUUCGUUCGCUGUCCUUCAACAUUGCCAGCAAUCCGGGACACUUGAAUCUAAAGGAAUGUGGUGAUUUGCUGUACGCGAUGGCAUGUCUGAACUAUCGGGACGUCGUCCUAACCGGUCGUAUCUGUGCCGAUUUGGACCGCGAGCUGACCAAGAACACGGACAAAAUAGCACCGAUCGUAUCGGUACUGACCAGCCUGGGCAUGCUACGAUACCGCGAUGGAACGGUGCUGGACAAUCUGUGCGGAUGGAUCGCAUCGCAUCACGAACUUUGCAAACCGACUCAGCUGGGUUCACUUUUGCUUUCGCUGGCCACGCUCAACUACGAACCGAUCAGUAUGGACACGAUAAAGGCGAAGCUGAUCGCAAACGUGUCGGAGAAUGAUUUUAUUCGAUCGAGCGAUUGGUUAAAUACGGUCUGGUCAUUAACAGUGCUGAACUGCGUGAACGCUGAUCAAUUGUCAUCCGUGUUGAAUGGAGAUUUUUUCAACAAGCUUCAGGAUGCUCGACGAGGCAUCCUACAACCAUCGAUGAAGAUGAAGCUACUUAAUAUGGCUGCCGUAGCAAAACGGAUGCCCGGUGCGAAAGAAUCGCUGCUUGCCACACACAAGACGGAGCUGUUUGUUCCGUUCGAACCUUCGAAGGAGAAGCGAGUACUUGUGACGGGCAUGCUGGAUGCGCUGAAGAGUUUAAUACCCUCGGAGAGUAUGGUUAAAAUUAGUCAAACAACGGCCAUGGGCUUCACAAUUGAUGCUGAAUGCGUACUGGAUAAGAAAUGCUUACCCCUGCCCGUUGAUAAGGAACAUGAACAAGGAACGAGGGUUGCGCUGCUAGUGCACGACUAUCACGACAUGUGUCAGGGACCGCACGUUUCGCUGAACGGCAUACAGGCACUGAACAUGCGAUUACUGGAGCAGGAAGGCUACACCGUACUGUCGAUACCGUACAAUGAGUUCAGCACCAGUGAUAAGCUUCUGAAGCGUGUAGAGUAUUUGCAGAAAAAGUUCAAGUCAAUCGUUACCAGCAAACAGUAGUAGUGGCUCAUCCCCGCCUAGU